AUGCAUCAUGCGUUUAUUCCAGAUAAUCUCCGUGCGCUCAACCACCGCGAGGUCAUUAACGAGAAGAGCGUCGCCCUGCCCCGCGGCCGUGAUAUUCUCCUCCUGGAAACUGAUGCACCCCAGCUGUCCCAUUGUGCCUACCUCGACGACAGCUUGGAGAUCUAUUGCGGCAGACCGCAGACAAGAACACCGGAAAACCAAACAUUGGCUGUUGAUCCGUUAUUCCUCCGCAUUAUUUCGCAAGGAUUGCCGAUUCAGGAAAUAUGUUGUGUGAAUCAUGCCGCCGUCAGCCGAGCUCCGAAAAUCAGUUAUAAAUAUGUCAAUGUCGACGUUCUAAUACAUUUUACUCGCAUUCUGGUUGCGGACUUGCGUCAGGGUGAUAGCCAGGGUCUCCGGGAUGAUGUCCACGAAUACCUAUCAGGCACCACGAAGGAGGAACGUGUUUGCAGUCAAUGGUCGCGUAUUGCUCGGGAGGAUGACCUCGUCGCGGGGUUUGAUGCCCGGCAUGAGUGCGACUGGACAUCGCUGGAGUGCUGUGGUGGAAGCGUUUCACACUUGACCAGGGCUUGA